UGUUCCCCUCUCAUUAAUUCACACAAAAUGGCCAUCGCUGUUGGCGUCUGGAGUCUCGAGGUUCCUCCCGGUGAUCCUAUAGUAAUAAACCCACCUGCCGACCUCAGGAUCACCAACGUCGCUCUCGGCGACGAGAUCAAGGACGAGAAGAGCCGCACUACCGUGAAGCUCGUGUACCGCACCCCCGGCGUCCCUAGUGACAGCGACGACGAAGACGACGACCGCGACGACGACAAAUCCCUGGGCCCUGACGACCGUGACCCGUUGACUACCACCGUGUUGUGCUCCCUCACCUUGGGCAAGAUUGAGCAAGCGACAGUCGAUGUUGUUCUCACCGAGGAUGCAGAAUAUAUUAUCGAGCUUGUCGGCAAAAACACCGUGCACCUGACGGGGAACUAUAUCGACCAGCGCCCUCCGGACCAGGACCCCUUUUCCGAUGAGGAGUCCGAGGAUGACUUUGACCUGCGCGACGUGAGCUCGGACGUGGAGGUCGAUCCGAAUGAGUUGGACAUUCCGACUGACGGCUCAGAGCGGUUCGAGGAGAUCGUCGACGAGGAGCCAUCUACAGCGUCCAAGAAGCGGCGGCGUGAGUCGGACGCUAUGGAAACCGAGGAGCCCUCGGAAAAGUCCUCCAAGGCGCAGAAGAAGAAGCAGAAGAAGCUCAAGAACGCCAACGGCGAGGCAGUGGCUGCUCCUUCGCCCGAGAAGUCUGACAAGAAGGAGGACGAGAAGACAAAGUCCGACGAAAAGGAGAAGAAGGAGAAAGGCGACAAGAAGAAAGACAAGGUUGGGGAGGUCAAGACCAUCCAGGGCGGUGUGCAGGUGGUCGACAGUAAGGUCGGCACGGGCCCGAAGGCUAAGGCGGGUAACGUCGUGUCCUUGCGGUACAUCGGGAAGUUGCAGAGUGGCAAAGUAUUCGACCAGAACACCAAAGGCGAACCUUUCAAAUUCCGUCUCGGCCGGGGCGAGGUUAUCAAGGGUUGGGACGUGGGCGUUGCGGGAAUGCAGGUCGGCGGUGAGAGGAUAUUGACUAUUCCGCCGGCUAUGGCAUAUGGCAAGAAAGGCGACAAGACUAUCCCUGCCAAUUCAACCUUGAUAUUCGAGGUCAAGGUGCUCUCGAUCAAACCCUGACCCCUCAGGUUGCUUGUAUUGGGUACAGCGCAGACUAUCGCCCUGCCAACAAAAACCUGUAGUGUACCUUCCACGCAAUGGCUUGGAGUCCAAAUGCGCACAGGACGGACGCUCCGUUUGGUACAAUGUAUUCUUCAAACGGUCUGCCAUACUUGAAUCAAGCUGAGGUGGGCUGGCCGAAGGUCAGCCAGUAUUCUCGC